AAAAGGAAAAAAAAAAAAUUGUCCUUCCAAUCUUAAGUCCCUUGAAAAGCGGGUCCAAACAAUCCUCUCGACUCUCGUAGUCCUUUUCUUACUUCCCCAUAAUUUGGACUUCUCUUUUCAUGCUUCUCUGAUCUUUCUGUUUCUUCGCAAUAACCAAUUAAAAUCAUAUACUCCAUGUAUAUGAUAUAUCUUUACAUUUAAUUUAAAAAUAAACUCCAAAUCAGUUCAAAUCUCAGGCGCUCAGCUACCAAACAGUCUCUGUUGCUGGUCUAUUUUGAUUUGUUUUAUCUAUAUUCCAAAUAGAAACUUGGGUGUCUAAUUUUAUCUUAAUCCUUGAAUUUUUUGUAUUUUUGGUGGAUUUUCUUGGUGGGAUUUCAGUGAUUUUGAUCCAUAUUCAAAAACGAAGAAACUUGGUGUCUAGUUUGAUUUAAAUCUCGAAUUUUUCGCUGUAUUUUUUGUUGGGGUUCGAUUGAUUUUGAUUUAUAUUUUUAAAGGAAAAAAUUGGAUGUGUUUUUCCAUUUAAAUUAUUGAUUUUUUUGGAUAUUAUUUGUGGGUUUUGAUUUAGUGACAAUUCAAGAACUUUUUCUUGGUGGGGUUUGAUUAAAAAGCUUGGUUUUAUAAAUCCAAAUGAAUGAGGAAUAGGGUGGCACGUACCCACUCACGUUCAUCAUCAUUGCCGGCAUCAUUGUUGUUGUCAUCAAUGGCUGCACCAAGGGGUUUGGUAGUGGACACAACAAGGGAUGAGGAAAUGGACUUGGGAUUGUUGUCCGAAUCGCCCACGGGUAAAAGGUAUAAGGAAGGGAAGUUUCCAUUGUCAAGGUGGGAGUUUGCAGCAGCUAUAGCUGUAUUUGUGGUGUUCUCAAUAGGGUUGUUUAGUAUAUACUUGACAAUGCCAGCUGCUGAGUAUGGUAAACUCAAGUUGCCUCGUUCGCUUUCUGAUCUCCGAAUGCUCAAGGAUAAUAUUGGAAUGUAUGCCCAAGUUUACCCAGCAAAAUUCAUUUUGGGUUACUGCUCAACAUACAUAUUCAUGCAGACAUUUAUGAUUCCUGGGACGAUUUUCAUGUCCUUACUUGCUGGAGCACUUUUUGGUGUUCUCAGAGGGCUUUUCUUGGUUGUCUUUAACGCUACAGCCGGUGCAUCAUCCUGCUAUUUUCUGUCUAAGUUAAUUGGCAGGCCUAUAGUUAACUGGUUGUGGCCUGAGAAAUUGAGAUUUUUCCAAGCAGAGAUAGCCAAGCGUCGGGAUAAGUUGCUCAACUAUAUGCUGUUUUUGAGAAUAACUCCAACAUUGCCAAACCUUUUCAUCAAUUUGGCAUCUCCUAUUGUGGAUAUACCAUUCCAUACAUUCUUCACGGCCACAUUGGUUGGUCUCAUUCCAGCCUCAUAUAUUACAGUCAAGGCGGGUCUAGCUCUUGGUGAUCUGAAGUCAGUCAAGGAUCUAUAUGAUUUCAAGACCUUGUCUGUGCUCUUCCUCAUUGGUUUUAUCUCAAUAAUACCUACCAUCUUGAAGAGGAAGAAAAUAUACGAAUAGAGCUCCUCGCAGAAGGCCAUUGGAUCCUCUUGGAAAGCAACUUAGAGAAGAUAUAGUUUCUUUUAUUGUCAGAGCAAAUUGGAGAGGCAGGACUUAGUGACAGGCCGAUAAUUUCUAUAUGGCACCUGAAAUCACACUGAAAUCACUGCCCAAUCCUUUGGGAGAAUAGUGGAAAAUGUUGUGUUCUUUGCCAAUUCUUUAUGUUUACUCUUUCAUUCAUUGCCUGACCCGAAGUGACUGGUAGUAUUGUUUAAUGUAAUUCAAAUGUGGCAGGCAGAUAUUGAUUUGGUUUCUGAUUCAAAAAUUGUUCUUAUAGUCAUCUCACUGUUGAAGAAAUAAAUUAUUUUAUGGUCAUCUCAA